CGGUCAUCUUCCGCGAAAUUUGGUCAACACCGUGAGACACGCUUACUUACUCGCGAUCAACGCUCUCGACGACGAGCAACCUCGAGCUCACUGUCACCAACGAUGGCGGUAGCCGUACAGCGCCCGUUACGUGGCUCACGCGUAUCUUCCUUCUAUCCUGUCAAAACUCUACCAUCAUUGUCCUCUCUCGAUAGUGCAUUUCAGCUCCAGGAAUACAUUUCGCUUCUUAUUCGUCUUGACGUCCAUGAUGUCGAUUCAAUAGUGUCUCUUCCUGGGAAAGGUUCCUUCAAGGACGCCGAAGAAAAGUCUUCUGAUCUUUCUGAUCAAGCUGAGCGUAAACCAGAUGAUCCUGAACGCAAGAGCGACAUAACAGUCGACCGAGGUUGCUGGAUUUACGAACAACUACGACGUCUUGCACAAGAUCUCUCACAUCCGCUCAUCACGAUGUUGCAGCAGGAAUGUACUCGUAUCACCUGUCCCGAGAUGAAGGCGGGAGAGUGGUUAUAUCUGUGUGUCGCACACGGUAAUGAUGGUGCUAUGGAGCAAUGCUGUGCUAUCGAUUACAUCCUUCAUACGUUGGAUAGCGCAACCGCACUAUUAAAUUCACCUCGAGCUUUCCCAUCUCGACUUUCGAUACCUCCGACCUCAUAUCGACACUUCUCUUCGCUUGCUCGUCGGCUUGGUAGAAUUUUUGCACAUGCAUACUUCCACCAUCGAGAAGCCUUCGAACAAGCGGAGGCCGAAUCAUCGCUCUACGCCCGCUUUUUGAAACUUACUGGUCAAUUCGAUCUUGUCCCUACGGAAUUCCUUGUCAUUCCCCCAAGCGCUGUUCUGUCAGGUAGAAAGGGACGCGAUGAGGACGUCGAACCUCCGCGUCUUCUUGCGGCGGCUGUCAAUCCGCCGCGUGAACGGGAGGAUCCUAUAGCAGAACAAGCACAACCCCCGAAUGUUCGCGGGAAGAGUCCUCCGGGAUUAUCCAGUGACAGCCUGAUUGGCACUGAUAGCCCGCGCCGGCUGGGGCGCAAUCGCACAGAUACCAUGGUAUUCAGUGAGGCAUACAAUGUUGCGGAGGAGCUGGCAAAAGGCGGUGACCAUGAUGUCACUGAAAGCGGCGCUUUAUUGGAUACUGCACUAUCCGCCGAGCCUGAGAGCUAUUCGCAGGCCUCAUGGUCCAGCCAGCCGAGUGAGUUCCCUCCUGACGAAUUUGGGUUUGACAUCGAAGAUGUGCCUGUCGAAGAAGCACCCGUUGAAGAAGUAGCAACCGUCGCCGCAUCAAACUCUCCACCUCUGGAGGAUCUCUCCUUGACGUCGCUUGGGGACUCCGGCUCAGUUACCCCUGAUGUGCCACCCAUAUCGGAACACGAGAUAGAGACGACUCCAAUCGUUGAAACAAUCGUUGAAACUGUUCAAGAACACCCAGCUGUUGAACCUGUAGCUCCUCAUGAAGAGACUGAAGAGACCGCUACACUGGCUGAGCCUUCAAGCCCAGUAGUCCCCGCAGAUAAUCAAGAUGUUGAGCCCAGUGUUGAGCCCAGUGUUGAAGACACUGAUAUUGUGGAGGAGCCUGUAGCUGCCGAAAAAUCUGAUUCACCGGAGCCAGUUCCGGAAUCUGAAAAACUGCACGAGACACCCCUCGAGCCUUCUCCUGAGGCAGAAGCAGUAUCAAUUCACAUUGCAGAACUUCCCGCGCCAGCUCCCGAGUCUGCACCUGCUGACGAGUCCCCCACGGAGCCCGAGGUUAGCCUUAAUCUGAGCGAGUCCUCGCCGUCAGAGCCAAUACCCCCGGAGAGCGAGAGUGAUAUUACGGAUGAGGCGCAUGGAGAGGAUGGGGUGGAUGAGGUAUUGGAGAGCUCGUGAGGUUCGGUCGUGUGCUUAGCUGUGUUUUCGUAGCAUUGUUCUGUUGUUCCCCAUCUCAUACUGCAUUGAUGUCACACCUUGCGUGAUUUUGAGCAAGGUACGAACUGAUUGGUUGACUGAAUGUAGCUAUCUGAUCGUAUCACUUUCAGUAUGUCAUGGACUCAUGGUCA